UGGUUUUCGCAGCGCGAGCUUCCCUGUCAUGGCUCGCACGAAGCAGACGGCGCGCAAGUCGACGGGCGGCAAGGCCCCGCGCAAGCAGCUGGCCACCAAGGCGGCCCGCAAGAGCGCGCCGGCCACCGGCGGCGUCAAGAAGCCGCACCGCUACCGGCCCGGCACGGUGGCCCUGCGCGAGAUCCGCCGCUACCAGAAGUCCACCGAGCUGCUGAUCCGCAAGCUGCCGUUCCAGCGGCUGGUGCGCGAGAUCGCGCAGGACUUCAAGACCGACCUGCGCUUCCAGAGCUCGGCCGUGAUGGCGCUGCAGGAGGCGUGCGAGGCCUACCUGGUGGGGCUCUUCGAGGACACCAACCUGUGCGCCAUCCACGCCAAGCGCGUCACCAUCAUGCCCAAGGACAUCCAGCUGGCGCGCCGCAUCCGCGGGGAGCGGGCGUACCAGGAGGCGCUGACGCGGGCCGCCCGACGGGUCACGGAGAGAGGACCCGGCGCCCGGCGCGGUUUCACAAACGCCCCAAAUGCCUGCAAUCGCAGCUCAGGAGAGUUCCACGCGAGCUCAGCUGCCCCGCCACGAGUCGCCACCUCGACCAGUGCUGAGCGACAGAAACAACAGCAAGAUUUCACCCGGCCACCGAGGCCCGGGACCGUAAGCACCGCCCCUCGCAUUGAUGCUGAAAACCCGGGCUGGGCUCGGUCGGAGACCUCACCGGGCGGAUACUGCGGGUCGGCGGUGUUCCCAAACAGGUCCGACAGAGGAGUAUAUAAACUCCUACCUCGGCGGGCAAUUGUGUUUGUUUGUUCCGAAAACAUGUCUGGACGCGGCAAGGGUGGGAAGGGCUUAGGCAAGGGGGGCGCCAAGCGCCACCGCAAGGUGCUGCGCGACAACAUCCAGGGCAUCACCAAACCCGCCAUCCGGCGGCUGGCCCGGCGCGGCGGCGUGAAGCGCAUCUCCGGCCUCAUCUACGAGGAGACCCGCGGGGUGCUCAAGGUGUUCCUGGAGAACGUGAUCCGGGACGCCGUCACCUACACGGAGCACGCCAAGCGCAAGACGGUCACGGCCAUGGACGUGGUGUACGCGCUCAAGCGCCAGGGGCGCACCCUCUACGGCUUCGGGGAGAUCGGCGGGCGAGGCGGGAAGACGCUUCCGGUCCUCAAUGGAUUGAACAAACUAGCCCUAGUUGUCAUGGCUCGCACAAAGCAGACGGCGCGCAAGUCGACGGGCGGCAAGGCCCCGCGCAAGCAGCUGGCCACCAAGGCGGCCCGCAAGAGCGCGCCGGCCACCGGCGGCGUCAAGAAGCCGCACCGCUACCGGCCCGGCACGGUGGCCCUGCGCGAGAUCCGCCGCUACCAGAAGUCCACCGAGCUGCUGAUCCGCAAGCUGCCGUUCCAGCGGCUGGUGCGCGAGAUCGCGCAGGACUUCAAGACCGACCUGCGCUUCCAGAGCUCGGCCGUGAUGGCGCUGCAGGAGGCGUGCGAGGCCUACCUGGUGGGGCUCUUCGAGGACACCAACCUGUGCGCCAUCCACGCCAAGCGCGUCACCAUCAUGCCCAAGGACAUCCAGCUGGCGCGCCGCAUCCGUGGGGAGCGGGCGUAAAGCUUUGUAGCGUUCUCCGUACACCCUACCCCAAAGGCUCUUUUC